AAGUAAUUAGGACAGCAAAAAGGAACGUCUGUUUUGGGCCAUCAAAGUUUGAAGAAGGCAGCGACGCUGAUGAUAAUGAUGAGGAUGAAGACAGCAACGCUGACGCUGAUGACGAUGAUGAUGAAAAAGAAGAAGACAGCGACGCUGAUACUGAUGAUGAUGAUGAUGAUGAUGAUGAUGAUAAAGAAGAAGAUAUCGACGCUGACACUGAUGACGAUGAUGAUGAAGAAGAAGAAGACAGUGACGCUGAUACUGAUGACGAUGAUGAUGGUGAAGAGGAAGAUGACGACGCUGAUACUGAUUACGAUGAGGAUGAUGAUGAUGAUGAUGAUAAAGAAGAUAUCGACGCUGACACUGAUGACGAUGAUGAUGAUGAUAAUGAUGAAGAUGGCGACGCUGAUACUGAUGACGAUGAUGAUGAUGUUGAUGAUGUUGUUGUAG